AUGAAUCAAGAAAAUCAACCAAGCGCCCCCAUGCAUGCUUCUGAGGACACCAAAGCUAUGAUUCCAGAAAUUAUGAUGAUGCCCAGUGCCGCGCCAACAACAUACCCUGCUGGCAGCAGCAGCCAGGGACCAGCUCCAAGCAUUUUCCCAGCUGCAUCCAUCCCCACAGCUUCACUCUAUGUCGGUGAGCUUUCUCCCGACGUCAACGAGAGCAUGCUCUUUGAGCUGUUCAGCCAGAUCGGUCCAGUAGCAUCCAUUCGUGUUUGCAGAGACGCGGUCACACGUCGCUCUCUUGGUUAUGCCUAUGUCAACUUCCACUCGAUGCUGGAUGGCGAGCGUGCUCUAGACACCCUCAAUUACACGUCCAUCAAAGGUCAACCAUGCCGCAUCAUGUGGAGUCAGCGAGACCCUUCCCUGCGCCGCUCAGGUCAGGGAAACAUCUUCAUCAAAGACUUGGAGAAAUCCAUCGACAAUAAGGCACUCCAUGACACCUUUUCCGCGUUCGGAAAUAUCCUCUCCUGCAAAGUGGUCACAGAUGAAAAUAGCGAGUCAAAAGGCUACGGAUUUGUGCACUUUGAGACACAAGARGCCGCAGACCUUGCUAUUGAAAAGGUCAAUGGCAUGUUGCUGAAUGAUAAGAAAGUCUACGUUGGCCGCCAUAUUUCGCGCCGCGAGCGCAUCUCCAAAAAGGAAGAAUCCAAAGCACGCUUUACGAAUGUAUAUGUCAAGAACCUUGACGCUUCCGUUAGCGAUGCAGAGCUUCGGGCUCUCUUUGCGCCGUUUGGAGAGAUCACCUCUGCGGUAGUGCAACGCGAUGAGAUUUCUGGGCUCUCAAAGGGCUUUGGCUUUAUUAAUUUUGCUGAACAUCACGCUGCAUUGUCAGCUGUCGCUGAAAUUAAUGGUCGAGUUGUCAAAGAAAAGCCGCUGUACGUAUGUCGCGCUCAGAGUAAAGCUGAGCGUGCCGAAGAGCUUCGUCGCCAAUUCGAAGCAUUCCGUCAAGAACGGUUGGCCAAAUUCCAAGGUGUCAACCUGUAUGUUAAAAAUUUGGAGGAGACUGUCGAUGAUGCAGCGCUCCGUGAAGAAUUUGCGGUUUUUGGUACAAUUGUCUCUUGCAAGGUAAUGCGUGACGAAAAGGAGCUCUCUAAAGGAUUUGGCUUUGUCUGCUACACUGCUCCUGAAGAGGCUAUCAAAGCCCAAGCUGAGAUGAAUGGAAAGCUAAUUGCAGGCAAGCCGAUUUUUGUGGCAAUGGCUCAACGUAAAGAAGAGCGAAGAAUGGCUCUUGAAAACCAAUUUUCCCAGCGUCUCGGAUAUAUGCGAGCUGGAAUGGUAGGUUUACCAGCCUCAGGUGCAGUCCAGACUGCUCCGCAUGGCGGAAUGAUUCCCGGACUCUUUUAUCAUCACCCCCAUCCUCAGCAUCCAGCUAUGAUGCCAGUGCCGCAGAGAAUCCCUUACCACCCGAUACCACAGCAAGUACUCUAUUCGUCAGCUUCUCGUCGUUUUAAUGGUGGCAGGUCUACUGCCUCUUCCACAGGUAUGAGAACUACAAUGGGAAGCUCAACCUCGCCUUUGCAACAAGGAGGAGCCCCUUCAGAGGCCAUUCCACGCCGUGCUUACAAUCCGCGUCAGAAACCAUCCAGUCAAGGUCAAGGUCAACAAGGUCAAGGUUCAUCGCCCACCGUCUUCUCUAACCCUAAGAAGAACUUUUCUUCAUCACCUAGGAGCUCUAACAUUAGAGGCUCCGGAGGCCGUAACAUGGGAAGAUAUACCGCCCAUCCUGAAUAUCCAUCUCAGUUCAACAACUCUGGAAAUGCCUCUGUUCUAAUCCAGGCAUUGGCUUCAGCUUCUCCAGAGACCCAGAAGUCUAUGAUCGGAGAGCUACUCUAUCCGAUUAUCGAGUCAUAUGAACCAAAAAACGCAGCAAAGGUGACCGGUAUGCUUCUUGAUAUGGACACUUCUGAUCUUCUUCAUAUGUUGGAAUCGCCGGAUUUGCUCUCUUCGAAGGUAACCCAGGCUAUCCAGCUGCUCCAUGAGGCCAACAGAGAAUAA